AUGUCGUUAAAACAGGAAAUCGAAACCUGGGUAGCAGCCCUAGGUCGCUACGAUAACAACGAAUUCGAAGAUGCCCUCGGCGAGUUUGGAAAGAUUGGUGACACAAGCAAGAUUCUCUUCAACAUGGGUGUUAUUCAUGCUACACUUGGUGAGCACGAGAAAGCAGUGGAAAGCUACCAACGGGCAAUUAGACUGGACCAAUACCUCGCCGUUGCCUAUUUCCAGCAAGGCGUCUCGAACUUCCUCCUCGGCGACUUCGAAGAGGCUCUUGCCAACUUCAACGAUACUCUCCUUUACCUCCGUGGCAAUGCCAUGAUCGACUACGCCCAACUAGGUCUCCUCUUCAAGCUCUACUCUUGUGAGGUGCUUUUCAACCGAGGUCUCUGCUACAUCUACCUACAACAGAUGGAUGCUGGUAUGCAGGAUCUUACAUAUGCCGUCAAGGAGAAGGUGGUAGAAGACCACAAUGUCAUUGAUGAUGCCAUCAGAGAGCAGGCAGAGGGUUACACAGUCUUCUCCAUCCCUGUAGGAGUCGUCUACAGGCCUAACGAAGCCAAAGUACGAAACCUGAAGACGAAGGAUUAUCUAGGCAAGGCCCGACUUGUAGCCGCUUCAGACCGAGCCAAUGCCUUCACAGGGUUUGCUGGUUCUGAGAUUAAGAAUGCUGGAAAGCUGGAAGUCAAGGACGACCGACCUGCUGAUAACAUCUCCUUUGCCGCCACAAACCUCGUCAAGCCCGGCCUUCAGUCUCGGAGGCAACAAUCAGAACCUCCCAACAACCGAAAUGUAUUUCCGCCAACACCCCCACCCGAGAAUGAGCGCCCAUCGCGUGCUGCCUCCGUGCGCAACCAAAAGCCCCAGUUGGCUAAACUCAACAUUCAACAGGCCGAGCCGAAUCGCCGCUACGAGAAAGCAGGUUCGCCUCCAGACGGUCGUUACCGGCCGUCGCCCUCAAGAUCAGCGUCGACAACCAGGACGCCGGUCAGGGAGCCUCAGCCAUUGCAGAUGCGGCCUAAGCAAAUUCCAGAGGAAACAGGGUCACCAGAAGAUUUAUAUGCUAUGUAUCAGAGAAAUGAUGGUUACCGAAACUCCAGAGGGUCAAAUGGUAGCCGACGGCCAAGACAAGCACAGUAUUCCGAGGAGGAAGACGCCUCGGACUAUGAGGGAACCAUCAACGAGAAUGAUUUCGAAAUGAUUGGCCAGCGCCGAGGUCCCGGCUCUGUUUCAGGCCAACGGAAUGCUCGCCGACCAGAGAUCACAAAGAUCCGAGUCAAGGUCCAUGCCGAAGAGGUCAAGCUCAUCAUGAUCACCCCUGACACCCAGUUCAACACAUUAAGCGACAAGGUUCGCGACAAGUUCAACAUUCGACGCCGUUUCAAGAUCAAGGUCAAGGAUGAGGACAUGCCCAAUGGAGACAUGAUAACUAUGGGCGAUCAAGAUGAUUUGGAGAUGGUGAUCGAUAGCGUCAAGGAAGAUGCAAGGAAGCAGCGAGCAGAGACAGGAAAGAUGGAGAUUUGGAUCUACGAGCUUUAG